UCAAAGUUCUGCUUUUCAGUCGUUGGACAUGCAUUGGAGAUACAUCUUCAGAUUAUUGAACAUCAAGUCGGUCGCAUAGUCUGCUACAACUUAGUGAAUAUUUAUUAUAUUUCUAUAUAGCACAAGCUUGAUCGAUCAGACCGAACGACUUCAGCAGAUGAUACUUCCUUGUGGCUACUUGCUCGGUUUCAGGCGACUCGGUGCGGUGUGUUCGGCAGCUACAGGCAGAGGUCGACGGGGCGUGUGCAGCGCCGCAGGCAUGAGACUGGUGCAGUUCUGUCGCCACGGAGAUGGCAGUGGUGGUGUGCGGGUCGGAGUGGAGCAAGCUGAGGGUCAGGGGGUCAUCGAUCUCAAGGCCUUUGACCCCACUAUGCCAACUACCAUGAGAGAGUUCCUGGAGAUGGGCGAAAAGGGCAUGGAAUGUGCCCAAAGGGCUCUGUCCAGCGGUCAGUGUGUUGUCGCGCGGUCGGAGCUGAAGCUGCUGUCACCAGUGACCGCUCCGGAGAAGGUGGUGUGUGUGGGCAUGAACUACAGGGACCACUGCCUGGAGCAGAACGCCCCCAUCCCGGCGGAGCCCAUCGUCUUCAACAAGUUCCCCAGCGCCAUCACCGGCCCUCACGACGACAUCCUCUUACCUGAGGAGAGCCAGGAGGUGGACUGGGAGGUGGAGCUGGCUUUCGUGAUUGGACGCAAAGGGAAACACAUCAAGGAGGAGGACGCGCUCUCCCACGUGGCUGGGUUCACGGUGGCCAACGAUGUCAGCGCCCGUGACUGGCAGAUGCGGAGGAAUGGGAAGCAGUGGCUGCUGGGAAAAACCUUUGACACGUUCUGUCCCCUGGGACCAGCCCUGGUCACUACGGGAAGUGUAAAAGAUGUACAUAAGCUGGGUAUUCGGUGUCUGGUCAAUGGUAAAGCAGUCCAGGACAGCAACACUGAGCAGAUGAUCUUCAGGACGGAGAAACUAGUUGCCUGGGUCUCCCGGUUUGUGACGCUGGUUCCAGGCGAUGUGUUUCUGACCGGUACUCCCCCCGGUGUGGGAGUGUUCCAGAAGCCACCGGUGUUCCUUAAGAAGGGGGACGUGGUGGAGUGCCAGAUCGACGAGAUUGGGGCCAUCCGUAACACGGUGGUGUGACAGGACCCUUCUGCGCCCUGCCGCACCGAGCUGAUUUAAAAGUGCCAUUAUCUCAAUACUGCCCCGUUAGUUUUUUACUGCGCACAUGGAGGCUGGGGGGAGGAAUGACUUGACUGUGUCACAUUCAGACAUUGUAGGUUGUGUUGUGAAAUUAUUUUGAGAAGAGGCUUGCGUUUCUUCAUCCACAGAAUGCCACUGGAGACUGAUGCAAAGAUGCAACUCCAUCAUGUAAUGCACAUGAGAGGGAUGACUUUAAUUGUGAUGAAAGGGCUCUCAAAGAGUGGCUCUACCGCUAGGAAAUGUAUAAAAUCA